CUGCCUGGACUUGUAGUCCCAGCACACAAGCAUGCUUUGGCCCACCUGUUAAUGUCGCAGUUAAUAACUGUAUUAAUAUUAUUAUCCUUUAUUUUUAAGUUAACUUACAGGGUCAGAUAAUUACAACAGUUCAGAGUUUAAACAGGAUAUUCUUGUCAAUGCAGGGUAAGUAACUUGAGCAGGGGUGCGACAGCAGCAGGUGGGAUUUGUUACAACAACCUUAAGGUUGUAGUAACAGCUGAAACCAUCACACAUCCCUCUGCUAACAAAAGCGAUGUCACGCUUAAAACUUGCAAAAUGAGCGUGAUCUAUGCGAGGUAUCGGCCAGGGAGCUUGUGGUGACCGGUUACGGUCAUGCAGAUUAAGUAAUGGGGGGGAAUUCUCCGGUUUUAUGCCCGAAACCCUGUGCUGAAUAUAAUGAUUAAUAUAUCCACUGUGUACAUGUGACAGACCCUCUUGCUGUUUUAGAGCAGAACUAAUCAGUUUAUGGGCCCCUGUAGCAACAAUGAAUUUAAUUGAAAGUCACAUUUUUACAUGGAUUUUUAAAAAUAAACAAUACACAGUGAAGGUGAGAGAUUGGUAGUUUUAUAUUUGCCCUGUCAGUGUGGUGGGGGGUAGGAAGAGUGCCUUGCGUUAAGUUCUCAGCCUUCCCGCAGUGCUUUAAUACCCUAGGUACUGAUCCUUUGAUUGUGAUUCAUGGUUUGGAUGUGACCCAGACCCUGGGACUGAAGGCAUGUGUAUCAGCGUUUUUAUAGUUAUAAUCAAGCAACCUGAGACAAAAGGAAAUAUUUUGGGAAAUACCCAUUUCAGUCAAACACUUGCCUGGAACAGACGUCCAGCUAGGACCAACCCAUUCCAGAACCAGAAGAUGGCAGUGGUGAGACGGCUGUGUACUCGGACCCUUCUCUGCUUUUUCUUGUGCUCACCCUACUGCCAUGGGAACGAGGGCCCCGACUGCCCCACUUUGGAGCAGGCGGGGUCAAAGGAGAAGCUUCAACCAACUGUGGAUGUGGAAGCAGCAAAGGAGGCACAACGUCGCCACCUAGAGGCACUCUUCAGUAGGUACGGGGAAAACGGAACCAUCUCCUUGGAGGGCCUGAAACGGCUUUUGGAGAGUGUGGGUCUCGACCGCAUCCGGAGGGUGACUGUGCAACACCAUGAGCACGUCAGCCACCGGGGGACAGGCCACCACCAUCAUGCACACAGUCAAGAUUCACCCAACCAGCAGGAUCAUCCUGUGGGUCAGAAGGUGACCAAGGACCCCAAAGAACAGGGGAAUGACGGACGGAUUGGGAAGAAGGUGGAGGGGUCUGAGGCUCAUCACAACCUCUAUGUGAAGAAGUUCCCUCAGGAUGUCAGCACCACCCCAGCAUAUACCACCAACAUCUUGCUCAAGACCCAGGAGGUGCGCAGCCGGAGAAGCGCUGACUAUGACUUGUCUCAGGGUGGCCCACCUGCUGCUGGAGGUCAGAAUGCAUUAAACCCAGAUAACCUCAGCAGCACCGACCAACACAUGAGCAGCCUUCUGGUCACUGGCGAGCAAUCCUUGUUUUCACCAACUCCAACUGACCAUGGGGGACUAGACAUCCAACUCUCUGAUAACAAAACAGACCACGAUCAUGAGCACAACCACGAGCACAGCAAAGGUCACGAACACGAUGAAGAACAUGACCAUGAUGACGACCACAAUCAUGAGCAUGACCAGGACCACAGCUAUCCAAAAGAAGAGUGUCUAAAUGCCUCUAGCAUCCUGGCCUCCCAUGGUAUGACCAAGCAGAUGGCCCUCUCUCUUGACGACUUUAGCUAUUUAUGUCCAGCACUCCUCAAUCAGAUCGAUAGCAAGUCCUGCAUUCACCACCGAGCCGAUCACCUUGGUUCAGAUCACGAUCAUCAUCACCAUCACCACGAUCAUCAUGAUCAUGGAAAUCACUUGCAUGAAAGUGGCCAGAAAGUGGGAUCAAUCCAUACAGCCUGGGUCGGAGGUGUCGUGUCCAUAACCAUCAUCAGUCUGCUGUCCCUGCUGGGUGUGAUCCUCAUCCCGUUGAUGAACCGCAUCUUCUUCAAGUUCCUCCUCAGCUUCCUCGUGGCCCUGGCUGUGGGCACGCUCAGUGGCGAUGCCUUCCUACACCUCAUCCCACAUUCCCAGGGAGGCCAUCACCACCAUCACCGCGUGGCUAACGAGAGUGAGUUCCACAGCGACCAUGACAAUGGGGAGGCCAACCUGGACGCAGUAUGGAAAGGCCUCACAGCACUGGGGGGUGUUUAUUUCAUGUUCCUCAUCGAACACUUUCUCACAUUGGGCAAAAUGUACAAGGAAAAGAAGCAGAAGAACCAGAAGUUUGAUCAAAAUGAAGACAAUGUUGAUGCAGACAAGGUGCCAGCGGUGGAGGAGAAUGACAACUUAAAACCUGGUGAAGAUGUAGAAGCGAAUGGGGAGGGGCAUUUUGGCGAGCGGCCUGUCUUUGUGGCCGAGUCCGCAGCGCAGGGUGUGGCGGAGGAGGAGGAGGUGAUGCUGGCCCCAGCCGCACCCUCAGUUGGUUACAGUGGCGCCUACUCCUCUGAAGACUGUGAGAACAAAUGCCACUCGCAUUUCCACGACACGGUGGGGCAGCCAGAUGACCUGCACCACCACCACCAUGAUUACCACCAUAUCCUCCAUCACCACCACUCCCAGAACCACCACCCGCACAGCCACUCGCACUCCUACUCCCAGCAGCACUUCCGGGAUGCUGGUGUGGCCACGCUGGCCUGGAUGGUCAUCAUGGGCGACGGCCUGCACAACUUCAGCGAUGGCCUGGCCAUUGGAGCAGCUUUCACCGAGGGCCUUUCCAGUGGACUCAGUACAUCUGUAGCAGUCUUCUGCCAUGAGCUUCCCCACGAACUGGGCGACUUCGCUGUGUUGCUCAAGGCUGGCAUGACGGUGCGCCAGGCAAUUUUGUACAAUGCGCUGUCAGCAAUGAUGGCAUACUUGGGCAUGGCCACAGGCAUCCUCAUUGGGCACUAUGCUGAGAAUGUCUCCAUGUGGAUAUUUGCGCUUACCGCUGGCCUCUUCAUGUACGUGGCACUCGUUGACAUGAUGCCGGAGAUGCUGCACAAUAACGCAGGUGAUCAUGGCUUUAGCCACUGUGGCUAUUUCCUGUUGCAGAAUGCUGGUAUCCUGCUGGGAUUUGGCAUCAUGCUGCUCAUCGCCAUCUUCGAGAACAAGAUCCAGCUGGACUUUGACCUCUAACACAUCGGGGUACACGCGAUCCUGUCACCAUUUAUGGAAUCAGCCAUCUUUGUGUCAGACCCGCACAUCUCUCAGAGAGAGUUUCUUGUUUUUCCUUUGUAAAUACUAUUUACAAAAAGUUACCUAUUUUUGUGACUUUUUUCAAAUCCAUGUCAUCGUCAAAGGACAUCCUUUGCUUUGGGUGGGCAGAGGUGACUCUGAUUGUAUGCAGCAUUUAAGUGUUACGAGAACGGCCAGUUACAGAACUCACCGUUAUUUUUGUUUCCAUGGAAGACGACCUCUUCUAUUUGCCUUCAAUGUCCCGCCAAAGGAAAAAGAAGGGGGGGAUGGAUGUUGAGGGGCAGAAAUGUACUCCAAAACUGGAACCAAGAGAGUAACAAGUAAUUAUGCAGAAACUGCAAAUCUAUUUAUUUACUUUGUGUUACCGUGUCCUCCGUGCAAAAAUUAAUGUAUUAUAACCACUGUGAAAAUUCCAAAAUGGAUCCUUUAAGUGGCAUAACCACAGUUCUGGUGGCGGAGAGUAUUGUUUAUAGGACCAAGCUGCCUGAAAAAAAAGCAGCCGGGAGAAAAAGCCAAUCUUAUUUUUAUUCUCAGAACCUGUUUUCCAGUCUGAAUUGUCGUUUAACUGUGUCGCAUCUAGUAGGUGGUUUCCUACCAGUUCACAUGGUCAUUCGAUGCAUGAAAGCAAGACGCAACACCACCGGUUUCGUUUACAUUUCUUGUCUCAUGUUGCAGUCUGUUACACUUCUGAAAAAUUUUGAAGGGUCAAAGAAACUGAAGAGAAAUCAUUCCAAGCAGGUGUUACAUCAGUAAAACAAACUCGUUGUGUUGCAUCAAAAUGUCAGUGAAUUUACAUGCUUGUGUAGUGUAUAUUUAUAUCUGCAUCUGUCACACAAACUGUGUUUUAGAACUUUAAUGAAGGGAACUACUGAUAUGAUCAGUAUGGAAUUUUAUUUCUUGAUCACUGUGUCCUGCGGGUAAAUUUUUGGAUGCAAUGCCAUUUGUGUGCUUCUACAUUCCAAAAAAAUUAAAAUUAGUUCUUUUUAUUAACUAUUUUUCCUUUGUUGAACUGCCUCCAUAUGGCAUCCUUACACACACACACACAUACAUACAUACAUACAUACAUACAUACAUCCGUCAACAAUAAUUGUUUGUCCAGUGCGGGAUUGUCGUGGUCCAAAGCCUUUCCCAGAAGCCCAAGGCGUGAGACAUUGUACACCCUGCACACGACACCAGUCCACCUCAGGACAAUUACACAGACACGCACAGACACACACACUGUGUGCAGUUUGGAGUCAGUUUAUCUGAAACAGAUGUCUUUGGGCUGUGAGAGGUAACACCCAUCGGAUAGAAAUGAUACCUUCAUUUUCAUUCGCAUUUUAACGAGGAGAGCAGAGUGUGUUGCACAUUUCAAAUGGCAGUAGCUAAGUGUUUAUGGGCUGUGUAAAUAGCUUGUGGUUGAGUGAGGGUGUGGGCACAGCUCUGCAGGAAACAUGAUGCAUGGCACCUGAAAAGGAUUAUGUACUUUCUUUUGUCCCUCUUCUUUCUCCCACGUUACCCCAUUUCAGUGGCUUUUCCUCAGCUGUUUAUUCAAACCAUGGAAGUUAUAAACAACCGCUGAGAUUUUCUUAAAACGGCAAUAUAAUACAGAAACCUAUGUCUCCAAGACUAUACUGAGGAGUGGGAAACGGUAUAAAAUCAAUUUGAAACAGUUUUGGAGAAGCGUGUUUUACUAACUAUUAAUUUGAAAACUUAAUCUGUUUUCUGAAACCGCGAGUCCUGUGCACUGUUUCUAUGGAGGUUCUGUGCAGAUGAUUGGGUGCUUAUUCAGUACAUACCACUACUAGUGUUGGUUCUACUGGUACCUUUCACUGCACACUGUUUCGAUGGAGCAGAAUUGUUUUUAAGGGUGCAUUAAUGCUGAAUUUUUUUUUUUUUUUUAAUAGAUAAAUAUAGAGAAUGUUAAGGCAAACCUUACACAGAUGGAUUUCUCAUCAUGCAGCUGAUACUAAGUUUGUUCAUAAUUAAUUUUGUUACUCCAUAAUUUUUACCACUAAGUCAAUAAAAUGCUGAUGAUGCACACUUCCCUUGAUUUAUUCGUAGGUCACGUUGCAUACAAAUCUGAUAUAUCUGUAACAAAGUCUUACAAAAUGUGCCAAUUCCUCACGUUACAGGGUUUAAUUGUUCUGACACAUAACCCUAUUUAACAAAGUCUCACUCUGAGGGGGUCAGUUACCAUUAGGGGUGAAAUGAAAUUGGUUCCCUGGCAAAAAAUGUUGCCUAAAAUUGUGAGACAAGGGAGACUCUGAAUGGAGACUUCAUGAUGGUUUGGUUCGCUGAUGUUUAUGACACAAGAAUGUUCACAAGGUUACUGCCAAUGUUUUUAACUCUAUAAAGCAUGCAGAUGAUGCAUCAUUGGAGGCCCUAUGGUGUGGGGUAGGUGGUAGUGUAGUGGUUUGGGC